AUGAGUACAUCUGCCUUCUCUAAGGCGGGAUCUACGCCCUCGAAGACGCCAUUCAGCGCCAAAAAGACGUCCACGAAGAAGAAUACGAGUAUUCUCAGUUUCUUCCAGAAGACGGAUGGACCGCCCAAGGCGACUUCGACUCAACAACGGAUUACGCAGUUUGGGUCGAAAAUACCAAGGAACGGAAAGAGUCUGAAGAGCGGAACUCGUUCCGGGACCGGUGCUGGCGAUAAUCUUGGGGUUUGGAGACAGAAUAGUGCCGGUGGCAAGGAUGCGGGGGGCUUGUUCUUUGACGAUAAGAGGGGGAGAGUUACUCGUACUGAGGAGAAUAAGGAUAACGAUGGGGCUGAAAUUACGAGAGGAAGAUCAAGGACGCCUGAUGAUGAUCUCUGGGAGGAGCGGGAAGAUGAGAGGUUUAAUGAAAAUCAUGCUGCGGUUAAAAGACGGAGGAUACAAGAGGCAUCCUCGUUGGAGGAGGAAUCAAAAGAGGAUGUUACUGCAAAAGAUAUAACUCCUGUUUCAAUAAAGGCAAAGAAGAAUAAUGGACCGUUCAUCGAUGAGUCGGAUAGCGAGGACGAUCUCGAAGCUUUCAGGGAGGUUGUCGAUGUCCCCGAUGAGUCGACAUCGAAGCCGAAGUCCGACGGUGAACUCGUUUUUGGUGCCGCUGCCGGAGACAUAUCGCCAAAGGAUGAAUCAUCCGAUACGCCGCCCCUAGCUGCCGAGCGCCCUCCAUUGGUAAGAGAAGCCACGAGCCAUAUCGAAGAUGAUGAGUUUGCCGAUUUUGACGAUCUAGAAGAAGAUGAAUUUCGGGGCGAAGACUUCCUAGAGGGGCAAUGGACGGAGGAGCAGAAGGAUCUUGAACUCCGGGGAUAUGAAACCCCCGAAACCUCUGGCGCCGGGGAGACGAACGAAGAUACGAAUAACGAAAUACCGUCAUGUCCAAUCUGCCAGGCGAGCCUUGGUGGUCUAUCUCAUAGCGAAGUAUCUGUGCACGUCAACAACUGUUUGGAUGGAAACCCCAGCCUAGUGCCGACAGCCAAGAAAACCGUUACAACGACAGCAUCAAUGUCCAGAGCUGAACGCGCUUCUAUCGCCCGACCAGCACAAUCAGACCCGCAUGCAAUCCACGCAAGUGCUGCUACCUCUGCGUUCUCGAAGUUGAUGGCCGGAAAUGCCGAGGAUAGUGCGUGGGCAGCGGCAGCGGCUCAUGAGGCUGCAUCUCGUGGCAAACAAGCUUAUGAACGGACGUGUCCUUUCUACAAGAUUAUCACUGGUUACUCUAUAUGUGUCGAUGCAUUCCGCUACGGGGCGGUUCAAGGUUGCAAUGCCUACUUUCUAAGUCACUUCCACAGUGAUCACUACGUCGGGCUGACUUCGUCAUGGCGCCAUGGUCCUAUCUACUGCAGCAGAGUCACAGCGAACCUCGUACGCCAGCAGCUGAAAGUCGAUCCGAAAUGGGUUGUGGACCUCGAGUUUGAAACGACAACAGAAGUUCCUGGGACUGACGGUGUAAGAGUCACCAUGAUCCCAGCUAACCACUGUCCUGGAAGCUCCCUGUUCCUGUUUGAGAAAACCUUUGGCAGUGGAUCGUCUUCCCGACUACAUCGUGUUCUUCACUGCGGUGACUUCCGAGCUUGUCCAGCUCAUGUGCAACAUCCAAUGUUGCGUCCUGAAGCGAUCGACGUGGUGACUGGCAAGACCAGGCAGCAGAGGAUCGAUGUCUGCUACCUCGACACGACUUAUUUGAAUCCAAAGUAUUCUUUCCCGCCCCAGGAUGACGUUGUCAAGGCCUGCGCCGAGAUUUGCGUGAGCUUGGAUCAAAACGAUGGUGAUGCAGCAAUGUUCGCGAAAAGUAACAAUGGUCAUGCUGCUGGGGGGUUGACUAAGUUUCUCUCCAAUGCGAAUACUAGUGGAGAUGCAACUCAGAGCUCCUCCGCCGGUCGCGGGCGGUUGCUUGUUGUUGUUGGGACGUAUAGCAUUGGCAAGGAGAGGCUUUGCGUUGCUAUCGCCCGUGCCCUGAAAUGUAAGAUCUGGGCCAACCCUGCGAAGCAGCGCGUCUGUUCUUGCCUUGAAGACCCAGAACUGUCUGCUCUGUUGACGGAUGAUCCGCUCGAAGCUCAGGUUCACAUGCAAACAAUCUUCGAGAUCCGGGCCGAGACGCUUCAAGAGUAUCUUGCUUCAAUGAAGCCGCAUUUUUCCAAAGUUGUUGGGUUUCGUCCGACCGGGUGGAACUACCGCCCACCGGCGGGGAGGAUGCUGGAUAACCCACCUGUGUCGGCUGUGCUGCAUUCAGAUAACUGGAAGACUCGAUUCUCAGUCCGCAACCUUGUGCCUCAGCGUGGCAGCACGAAGGAGAGUUCAUGUUUUGGGGUGCCGUAUAGCGAGCACAGCUCAUUCCGCGAACUGACCAUGUUCUGCUGCUCUCUGCGGAUCGCUCGCAUCAUCCCUACUGUCAACGUGGGCAACCGUAAGACGCGCGAGAAGAUGAAGGCGUGGUUUGAGCGAUGGGAGGUUGAGAAGAGGAAGACCGGACUCUUCCGCGCCGAGGGCCAGGAUUGGUGA